AUGAUAGCCGCUGCUGCCAGCACUGCUACUCUAUCAGUGGCCAUCAUUGGCAUAAUCUACGAAGCAUUGAAUCUGCCCCUAUUUCCAUAUAAACGGCAAAGAAACCGCAUAGUAGUCAUCGCGAUGAACGUAAUCUACAACAUCGGCACGAUCCUAGCAGCGUACGGUGGAAUGAGAGAUACAACGAUGCCGGACAACAUCAAGAACGGAGCUGCCGACAAGGCCGGAAACAUCAUCAUGUUCCUCGUGAUGAUUGGUGCUCUGGGGUGGCUAUAUCCUGCCGGGAAGCAUAUCUACUAUGCUCGGCAAGAUGUAAGCUAUCGGUCCGCUGAGAUACUAAUGAUGGCUGCUGCCCCUGCGACAGUCCUUCAGUUGAUCCGCAUGAACUACGACCUCAUUUACUCAUUUACGCAAAUCGCCAUGUUGCAUCCUACCACGGGCACCUUUGCUAUCAGAUUUGUCACAUUCUCCCUGCAGCUAGUCAUAGUUGGGAUGAUCAUUGUUGCUGGCUGGUUCAGCAAAGAUGCUGCAGCUAUUCGCGCCAGGGUUCUUAAAACAGAUAGCACCUCUGAGUUGGUUUGA